AUGGCUCGAUUGAAUGAGUCAACAGCUUCGUCUGAACCCAUCGAAAUCUUAAAAAGGCGGUUCGUGCGUCAAAAUCGCGAGAUAGCUCGGGUGAACUCAAUCCAGUCCCUCCGCAUUAGAAGUCUCGAGUCUGAAGUCUCUAAUCUUCUUUCCGAGAAUGUGUCACUCAGGGAACAGAUUAUAACCCUGACGCAGGAGCUGGAGCGUUUUGAGGCAGCAAGAACACUUCAUGAUGGUGUUUAUGAUGUGAAAGCAAGGCUAGACAGUAAACUGGUGGAGUUAGGCAAUCUUAUAACUGAGUUGGGUAGCCUGCCACGUCGUUACUCUAGAGCAGUUCGCGAAAAUGGCGAGCCUGCUCCAGCGAGACAGUCAAGGGAAUCGGGUCCAAAAGAGGUUGAUGACACAGACCCCGAGCCGAAUCUCGGAUUCUUGGACGGGAGACUCCCUGUCAUCAUGGAAGAUAAGUUAUAUCCCAGACGCACGCUAACUGCGCAAGAAGUACAAGAAUUACGAGACAGCGACACAGAUGGUCCGAAUUGCUCCGGGUUCGAAGAUUCUUCUAUAUCCCCAAAACAAAGAGUUGAGUACGACGAGGCGGCAACAGGCGGGCCCGCGUAUUUCAUAGACACCAACACUAUUGUCGAAGAAAUCGAGAACGAACAUUCCCUGCCUCCCAACCUUGAAACAAGGAGAAAGAAGAAAAUAGGCCCGGCAACGGUAAACAAGGAUCAAGCUGAUACACGGCCCAUCUCCCUUCUCGAUUCGAAGUUCACGCGCAAAUGUGGAGCAAAGCGCAAAUUCUCAGCGGAGGACGACGAGAGCCUUUUUGAAUCGUCCCCAUCUGAGGAUGAUGAGUUUCAAUUCAGUCGCCCAGCCCAAUCGCCAAAAUUAUUUUCGCAGAAUGAGCAUGCCUCAGCUGAUGAUGGCAGCGGCGAACUCCGUCGUCCAAUACAGUCACCAACGCUAUCUUCGCAGAAUGACCACUCCCCAGUCAAAAUGAAGCCUCAAAGUGAGAGGUCUAUAGCUCAUGUACAUGGGGAACGAAGAGUGCUCGAACCAAAGAGUACGAAUACCAAUAUACUUUCCCCAGCAAAGCCAAGUAUCAUGAAGGAUUACAACCAAAACCAUGACUUUGGAUACAAUGAGAAGAGUGAAAAACCUCUACCUAGACAAGGGAAAGGCGCCGUGGACGGCAGCAAAAAUGCAUCCCCGAAGAAGUCCAGUACCCGCACACCAGUCUUUGGCAACGAUGGGAAUAAAAGCGGUAACAAACAAAAGAAGAGCGGGGCGAUAAAAUCGAACACUCCAUCACUUGAUGGAAUCGAAGACUCCGAGAUCGCGACAACAGCAGAUAUGCCUAGUACCCGGCCGUCACGGCGACGAGGUACUGUUAGUCAACCCGAGAGUCACAAGACCGAAGGAAUAAGCAUGCCUCCGUAA